AUGGCGGCGGAGGGGCAGGAAAAGGAGAAGAUGGUGAUGUUGCGGAGCGAGGACGGCGUGGACUUCGUGCUGUCAGAGUCCGAGGCAGAGGCCCAGUGCGGCAGGAAAAUCAAAAUAAUGAUGAAGCACGACUUCGAGAACCACAUCAUCCCUUCCGGCGACGGCGGCGGCGGCGAAAUCAACUACUGCCUCAUCCGCCUCCCCGUCCGAGGCGACACACUCUCCAAGGAUGGCAAGUUAACUUUGAUGGAUCCAUGCCGAGGGCUUGUUCCGGCAGACAGAAUAUAUUUUGAGAUGAAUUUAAAGAUAGUCCGUGAUGGAGGUGAGGUUGAAGAUUUCAGCAAAGGUGUGAUCGUUUUCAACAGGGCCCGCCUCCCUAAUGAUAAGCAGACCAUGGGUGUGAGUCUAAAUAGUUAUCUGAGUAGGGUGGAAGUGAGAUGUGCGUAUGUUGUAUAUCCCAUUGAAGCUACCAUUGAAGUCAAUAUUUUGAAGGGACCGUGUAGUGUCUCAAGAGUUGCCGCCUGGACUACCAAGAAUUAUGAGUAUAGUAUGGAUCUUUACAACGGUGGUAAAGCAGCAGCAGAGAUUGAGGCAGGAACCGUUCCCUUGAGUCGGCAUGUUGUAGCUGUCCCACUUGGUAGAAAGUUGGUGCUCCUUGUCACCGGUCGUAGCGUUGGUGAUGUUUUUAAUAAAAACAUCAUCGUACCUUUAGGACGAUCCAAUGAGAUGAUGCAUUAUAGAUUAGGUUCCGCACUUGUGGAGGUGAAACUUGUCUGGACAGCUGUUCCCAGACGCGAGAGGCAAGAUAUGAUCAAGGAUGUGGGAGACGAGAGCCUUUUGAUGUGA